AUGUAUCCCUAUCAUGUUUUAAUGCUAUUUCUAGAUGGGCUUGAUCAAAUGCACCGGGGAGAGGACUAUGAUCUCUAUUGGACUCAGAAUAGCAUAGUUCCGACGGAGAAGGAGUAUUUGAAUAUGAUUGAUGCGAGUACGUUUUUACCACUUGUUCACCUUGAACUUGAAAAUCAUUUUACUUUGGUCGGACGAUAUUUCCAAAUCCGCGACGACUACCAGAGCCUGACGUCUUCGGAGUACAUUGAUACUAAAGGCUUCUGUGAAGAUCUGGACGAAGGAAAAUAUUCUCUGCUCCUAAUCCAUUCUUUGCAGAAAGGGGACCCCUUGAUACAGGGUAUCCUCCAGCAGCGGAAAAUCAGCGGAAGCUUAACGAAGGAAAUGAAACAAAUUGUUCUCCAGCGGUUGAAGAUCAAUGGAAGCCUGGAUUACACACUGUCUGUCAUCAAGGAGCUCUAUGAAUUGAUCAAGGAGGAGCUUGAAGCCUUGGAACGAGAGACGAAGAAGAAGAACUGGAUCUUGUGGCGGGUGCUCCACCAGCUGAAGGUUUGA